AUGGGUCGGGCCGGCAGUGGGUGUAGCUCCGGACUGCUGUUGGUGGCGAUGCUGGUAAUCCUGCCAGUGUGUUUGUCCUCCAAUCAGAUUUCCCCACUCAUUAAGAAAAUCUCUGAACAUAAGGAUUUCAAGAAGCUUCUCAGGACUCGGAAUAAUGUGUUGGUGCUUUACUCCAAAUCUGCUGCUGCAGCUGAAAACCACCUCAGGUUGUUGUCCAAUGUGGCCAAGGCGGUGAAAGGUCAAGGCACCAUCUCCUGGGUAGACUGCGGUGAUGCAGAGAGUCGGAAACUGUGCAAGAAGAUGAAAGUUGACCCAAGCACAAAAGACAAAAGAGUGGAAUUAUUUCACUACAAGGAUGGUGUGUUUCACACUGAAUAUAAUCGUGCUGUGACAUUUAAGUCCAUUGUGGCCUUUCUGAAGGAUCCAGAAGGGGCUCCACUUUGGGAAGAAGAUCCUGAAGCAAAAGAUGUUGUCCAUAUUGACAGUGAAAAGGAAUUCAGACGGAUUGUGAAGAAAGAUGACAAACCUCUUCUGAUGAUGUUCUAUGCCCCUUGGUGUGCCAUGUGUAAGCGGAUGAUGCCAUCUUUCCAGCAGGCAGCCACAGAGCUAAAAGGCACCCACGUGCUGGCUGGGAUGAAUGUCUACUCCUCUGAAUUUGAACACAUCAAGGAAGAGUAUGAUGUCCGUGGCUACCCCACCGUCUGCUAUUUUGAGAAAGGGAAGUUUCUGUUCCAGUAUGAAAACUAUAGGUCCACAGCCAAGGACAUUGUGGAGUGGAUGAAGAAUCCACAACCACCACAGCCCCAGGUACCUGAGGCUGCCUGGGCAGACGAGGGAAGCGUCGUUUAUCACCUGACAGACGAAGACUUUGACAAGUUUGUGAAGGAGCACUCCUCUGUCCUCAUCAUGUUCCAUGCCCCAUGGUGCGGGCAUUGUAAGAAGAUGAAGCCUGAGUUUGAAAGUGCAGCAGAAGCCCUCCAUGGAGUAGCAGAUAGUCCAGGUGUCCUUGCAGCUGUUGAUGCCACUGUCAACAAAGCUAUUGCAGAGCGAUAUCAGAUCUCAGGGUUCCCUACACUGAAAUAUUUUAAGGAUGGAGAAGAAAAGUAUACAUUGCCACAGCUCAGAACAAAGAAGAAGAUCAUUGAAUGGAUGCAAAACCCUGAGGCCCCUCCACCCCCAGAACCUGCCUGGGAAGAAAAGCAAACCAGUGUGCUGCACCUGACUGGCGUGGACUUCCGGGAAGCCUUGAAGAAAAAGAAGCAUGCUCUUGUCAUGUUCUACGCACCCUGGUGUCCACACUGUAAAAGUACUAUCCCGAGCUUCACUGCCACUGCCGAACUCUUCAAAGACGACCGUAAGAUUGCCUGUGCUGCAGUUGACUGUGCCAAAGAUAAGAACCGGGAUCUGUGUAAGCAGGAAGGGGUGGAUGGCUACCCCACCUUCAACUACUACAACUAUGGGAAGAUGAUUGAAAAAUAUAAUGGAGAUCGGACGGAGUCAGGGUUUGUCUCUUUUGUUCGAACUCUCCGAGAGCGAGACCAUGAGCGACUUGGAAAAAAGAAAGAUGAACUGUGAUUUCUGCCUCAAAAGAAGCUUUUCCACUACACUGUGAACGAUGCUGGCUUUGUUGUUCCUGAGUUUUCACACCUUCUGAAGACAAAGUUUUUUAUAGCCAUCUGUGGCCAUUUUGUACAAUUUUAAAAUAAAGUUGAACCACUUGUUUGGGGA